CGCAGAGGCUUAUCUUGUGUCAAAGAUAACGGCAGCAGAAGGUCAACGCGCCCAUAAUUCAGCCAAUCCUUUGAUUUUCUCAUGGUCAAACCCCUCGCACCGCGCAAAAUUUCUCAUUUUGGGCCUCGUCAUCUCUCCGUUUCCUCGUCGAUUGAAUACAGUCUCAUCCUUCGUUGUAAUUCUCCGGAGCGCCGGAUCAACGUCGGCAUUCCUGUAGAAAAUUCGAGGAAUACUUGCAAGAUAACCUGAAGUAAGAGGCAGAGGCAAUGGAUGCAGUAGAUUGUGCCGAGAGGGCGACAAGUGAUCUGUUGAUUGGCCCUGAUUGGGGUAUUAACAUUGAACUAUGCGACAUCAUUAACAUGGACCCAGGGAAGGCGAAGGAGGUGAUGAAGAUCCUUAAGAAGCGCCUGGGGAAUAAAGAUCCAAAAAUACAAAUUCUGACCCUCUAUGUGUUGGAGACUCUUAGCAAAAACUGUGGCAACAGUGUAUUUCAGAAUAUUAUUGAGUCUGAUAUCCUACGGGAUAUGGUUAGAAUGGUGUUUAAAAAGCCAGAUUUUAAUGUGAUGGAGAAGUUAUUGACAUUGAUAGAUACAUGGCAAGAAGCUUUAGGGGGACCAAGGGGAAGGUUUCCUCAAUUCUAUGCUGCAUUCAAUGAGUUGAUGAUUGCUGGAGUUCGCUUUCCACCACGAGAAGAGAAGGGUGUACCAUUUUUCACUCCACCCCAAUCUCACGGUGUUCAUUCUACCUCAGCAUUCGGCACUGCCUCUAUUGAGGCUUCAACCCAGCCUAAUACUUCUGGCUUAAGCCCAACAGAGAUGGAAAAUGCAACUGGAUUAGCGGAUGUGUUGUUGGAAAUGCUUGGGGCCCUUGAUCCCAAGAAUCCUGAGGCUUUGAAGCAAGACGUAAUUGUUGACCUUGUCGAUCAGUGUCGUUCUUAUCAAGAGCGUGUCAUGCUUCUUGUGAAUCACACAGCAGACGAGGAACUUCUGUGUCUGGGAUUGGCCUUGAAUGAUAGUUUGCAGCGUGCUCUUUGUAAACAUGAUGACAUUGCCAAAGGUACUCCACUGACCAGACAAGGAUUGACAGCAACUCCAGCUUUGCCACCAGUGAAUGUGAAUCAUGAGGAUGAUGAAUCUGAAGAUGAUUUUGCCCAGCUAGCUCGCAGGAUGUCAAAAGAUAAUGGACCCAACAGCAAAACAACGAAUGCUCAGACCAAACCAUUGCGAAUCAGCCCACUGCUUCCUCCUCCACCCUCAUCACAGAGACCAGUUGCUGGAAAUUCAAGCUCGAUUGAUUAUCUCAGUGGCGAUAUAUACAAGUAUGAAGAAGUUCCCGGAACGAUGGGAUCAACACUGUCUUCACUUCCUGAUUCUAACACGACUUCCAUGACAUCUACUCCAUCCCCUUCUCUCUUAUCUCCUUCCCAUGUUGCAACCUCCAUAAAAUCGCCAACUUAUCUUGGAGUCCCUGAGCCGGGUCCCACAAGCGGCCACCCCACUGAGAAGCAACCUUCAGCUCCUUUGGAUGCAUCAUUUUCUAGUUCAAUUCCAUAUAACCAGAGAGAACAAGUUACUGAGCAACAGGUAGCGUUUCCGGGCAAUACUAAUUCCUGUAUUGAGACCGGUUCCUCGCACGACAGUUUAGUGGGCCAGACACAGAAGCUCUCUCUUGAUUCACCUGCUGCGGACAAAAAAGUGAAACAAGAGGAUAUGCUCUUCAAAGAUCUGAUCGAUUUUGCAAGAGCAAGGCCCUCUUCAUCGCCGCGGAAAUCAAGCCCCUCAUCUUGACUUGGAGUGAUUGGUUCAUCUGAGAGCUGCGGUGGUGAGGCAUCUAAAUCCUUUUUCAUGUAACUGGUUUUUAUAAAUCAUGUCUUGGAUCAUGACAAGUUUGGACAGUUGCUGAGUCGUGCCUUUGAUGGCUCCAUGAUUUGUUAUCAGCAUAGGCAUUACCAAGUAAUGCAGUCUUCA